AUGUCUCUUGCACCUCCAGACGGUUCCCCCAGGCCUUCUUCAUUCGUUAUGCCAGCAGAGAGUCCCCUGCUUGAUCACUCCCAUCUCAAACCCGGUCAUAAAGCAUCUUUACUUUCACAUUCGCAAACGCUAGAACUAUAUCGUCAAAAUGCGAAAAAAACAAAUGACCCAGAUCUUCAGUUCGAAUUUGCCGCAUUCAUGGUCGAAGCUUCGAGGGCAAUGACCGAGGAGGACGCCAAAAAAAGGGACGAGCUCGUUAAAGAAGGUAUAGCUUUGCUAAAAAGACUCGCCGACAGGGGUCACGCGAACUCUCAAUAUUUCCUCGCCGAUUGUUAUGCCAGUGCUAUCGGUACGGCAAAAAAUAAACCAGACCUUGACAAAGCCUUUCAAUUGUUUGUUCAGGCAAGUAAACAUGGUCACGCCGAUGCCGCUUAUCGUGCUUCUGUAUGCUAUGAGCAUGGUUGGGGUUGUCGAAGAGACUAUGCCAAGGCCUUACAGUUUUACAAGUAUGGAUAUCUGUUAUCUGACAAUAGAUCAAAAUCAGCUUCCGCAGGCCAUCCUGGUGCGAUGUAUCGAUUGGGUAUUGCAGAAUUGAGAGGCGAAUGUGGUCUAUCAAAGAAUCCUCGUGAUGGUGUUAAAUGGCUUAAGAGAGCUGCUGAAGCUGCGAAUGAGGAAUUCCCACAUGCUUUACACGAGUUAUCGGAGCUUCAUGAAAAAGGUGUUGAAAAUUUCUUAUAUGUUGAUAUAGAGUACUCUGUUCGGCUGCUAAUAGAUGCUGCCAACCUAAAUUAUGCACCAUCCGCUUUUAAACUGGGUGAAUAUUAUGAAUAUGGAAAAAUGGGUUGCCCACAGGAUGCAGCACUUUCUAUUCACUACUAUACCAUCGCAGCUCAACAAGAUCAUCGAGAGGCUUGCUUUGCACUGACGGCUUGGUAUUUAGUUGGUAGUCCUGGAAUUUUGCCCCAGAGCGAUACUGAAGCCUAUCUUUGGGCUAAACGCGCGGCAGAUAAAGGUUUACCAAAAGCUGAGUAUGCAGUAGGAUAUUUUACUGAAGUUGGCAUUGGUGUCAAGAAAAAUCAAGAGGAAGCGGAUAGGUGGUAUCGACUCGCUGCCGAACAUGGUGAUAAACGAGCUCUGCAACGACUAAAAG